UUAACCUGACUUAGCUCCCACAUGGACAUGCAGACAGUCACUGGUGGAAGGUGGAAUUCAGAAGUGGUGGCUUGUGAAUGUCACGCUCUUGCCCAAUAAAUCUGUCCCCUGUUGUUCAGUCUCUCUCUCUUGCUCUCUCUGUAGGAGAGGAGUCCUCCCGCAGGGUAGGCAGUGAUGUCACUUCCUUUACCGUUGAUGGACUUCAGGAAGACUCCGCCUACAGAGUUUCAGUCUCUGCCUUAAUUGGCUCAAGGGAAGGAAGUCCUGCCUCUCUAAAUGCCAGGACAGAGCCAGUACGGACACUGACUAAGCUGAGCACCCUGGAUGCUUCCAGCAGCAGCAUCCGCAUCGCCUGGACACCUGUCGCCAGGGCAACGGGAUACAGGAUCACCUGGAGGAAGAGAGAUGGAGUGGACAUCUCUCGUGUGGUCACUGCUGACACCACUACGUUCUCCAUCGAGAAUCUCCAGGAAGACACCCCCUACAGCAUCCGUGUCGCCGCUGUGUUUGGAAACCGGGACGGCACGGCAGCCACCAUUUCUGGACGCACAGCCAAGGAGCAGGACACGGUGGGGACAGUGACCCGGCUGCAGGUGUUGGAGUCACGCGCUAAUGUUGCCAGGGUGACCUGGGUUGGAGUGCAGGGAGCCACUUCCUACAGGAUAGUGUGGCAACGCACCGAUGGAGGCCCAGAGUCCAGCCGGGUGGUUCCAGGGGAUGUCACAGCCGUGGACCUCGAAGGUCUGGAUGAAGGUUCCAAUUACGAGGUGCGCGUCACGGCGCUGGUCCAGAACCGCGAGGGGCCGCCAGUCACCAUCAGCGUCACCACGCGUGAGUCAGAGCCGCCGCCCGCAGGAGGGGUGGGACUGCACCUGUGUGCAUGCUGACGGUAUUGCAGUAUGUUGCAAUGUGCUUGUGUCAAUGUUGUGAUGUGUGGAUGUAUUUGUUGUGAUGUGUUAUGCUGGUGGUGUUGUGUCGUGUUGUGAUGAUGUUGACAUACUGUUCUGACUCUGUGAUGCUGUCAUAUUUUGUUGAUACUGUGAAGUCUUGAGGUAGAUAUUGAUGUCAUGUUGCACAGAGGUUGUGUUUUUAUUUCAUGGUGAGUUGAU